GCUUUAUCAUCGAAAAUGACAAUUGUCUUGAAUACUGUGACAAACACUACGACAAUACGACAUACUGAAACAAACAAUAAAAUAAGAGACAGCCCUCUUGACUCCUCUUUAGUUUUUUUUAAAUUAGGCAACCAUUAUAACACUGUGAUCCCACAAAUGUAUAAAUUGGCGUAUAAAUUGUGGACUGGUACACGAAUUUUCAGUAGUGCAUUUACAUCGUUGUGUGUUUACACGUUUGCAACAAUUUUAACAAUGUCCGCAGAACCAACUGGCGAAUUAGAACAACAAAUAGAACCAGAAGUAGUUCCGACUCGUAAUUAUACAUGUACCUGGGAGAAAAAUCGUUGGUGGUAUAUAGCUCGAUAUUCAAAAGAUUAUAAAUAUUGUUACGGAAAUACCCAGGAUUUGUCGGCCCAAGCUUUUCGUACCCGAAGAUCACAUAGCGGAUAUGUAUGGGAAACACAAAAGAAGUGGACACAAGCUUUAAGAACAAGCAUUGGUAAUAGCGACGAUGUUGGCGCAUUUCUUAACUUGACGAAUUCCUAUUUGCUCGUUUGUGAUGAGGAGGAAUCAGACAACUUUUGCAAAGUCGCACAGGACGAUUUGCCUGACAUUCCUGUGGUGAAAACCUCACUGGCAGGUUGCAGAGUAAUAGGGCGUAUGUGUGUAGGGAAUAAAAAUGGACUGAUCGUACCUGAAACAACCUCUGACAUAGAGCUGCAACAUUUAAAACGUGAAUUGCCCGAUUCUGUUGAAGUUAGAACACUGGAAGACAGACUGUCUGCUUUAGGAAACGUGAUCGUGUGUAAUGAUCACGUUGCUUUGGUCCACCCAGAUUUAGAUAAAGAAAGUGAAGAAAUUGUUGCAGACACAUUAAAAGUUGAAGUUUUUCGGCACUUGAUAGCCAAUAAUUCCUUAGUCGGGUCUUAUUGUGUCAUAAACAACCAUGGAGGCCUAGUUCAUAUAGAUGCAAGUAAAACUGAAUUGGAGGAUUUAUCAUCACUCCUACAGUUACAGUUAAUUGCUGGGACAGUUAAUGGUGGGAAUAAAACUGUGGCAUCAGGAUUAGUUGCAAAUGAUUGCAUUGCGUAUGCAGGAAUGAAAACAACAGGCAAAGAAUUUGUGUCUAUUGAGACAGCGUUACAUUUUCCAAUACAUAAGUGUAGUUAAUAGUAAUAAUUGUACUUUUUUGUGUUUGAUAAAUUGAUGACUGUGAUAAUUACAUAUUUAUAAGAA